GGGGGGCGGGGCUUCUCCCCUCCGCUGCAGCCUCGUCCACUCUCUCUCUCCCUCCCUCUGCCCCCGCCCCCACCCGCGGAGCCGCCCCGGAGAAAGGAAGGAUGCUCGGCGGAGGUGAGGAGGAGGAGGACGGGCCCUCUUUCUCCUCUCGGGACGGGAGGGCGAGGAGGGCCUCUUCCCCUCAUGGCGACUGAGCCCUUGGCCAGAGAGACGCCCGGCGUUGGCGGGCCCCCUCCCCUCCUCCCCCCUUCUCCUCCUCCUCCUCCUCCCUCGGACUGAUGCGGCGGCGUUGCCAUGGCCCAGACGGAGCGCCCGGAGGAGGCCGGCGGUGGCGGCGGGCUCUGGCGAGAGGAGUCGGCUCUGCGCGCCAGGAAGCUGCAGCAGGAGCAGGAGGAGGCUGCUCCGGAGGAGGCGGCGGCGGCGGCGGCGGCGGGGAAGUGCUGUCCGCGUCCGUCGGAGGAGCCUGCGGCGUCCCGGCUGGCCUCUUUGGUGCUGGUGGGGCGCGGCCUGGAGGAGCUGCCGGAGGGCCUGUGCGCGGCGGUGGGCGGCGGGCUGAGCGCGCUCUCUCUGCGGCGCAACCGGCUCUCGCAGCUGCCGCCGCCGUCCACGCUCCGCCACCUUUCGCGCCUCUCCGAGCUGGACCUGAGCCACAACCGCCUGCGGGGCCUGCGCGACGAGGGCCGGGCGCUGGCCUUGCUGGGCGGGCAGCUGCGCAAGCUGAGCCUCAGCCACAACCAGCUGGGCGCCGAGGGCGGCGAGGAGGAGGGCGCGCUCCCGGCCGGCCUGGCCCACCUGCGCCGCCUCGAGGAGCUCGACCUCAGCUUCAACCGCCUCCGGCGCCUCCCCGACCAGGCCCUGGCGCCCCUCCAGCGCCUCCGCGUCCUCGACGUCGACCACAACCAGCUGGGCGCCUUCCCCGCCGCCCUUCUCGCCUUGGCCGCCCUCGAGGAGCUCGACUGCUCCGGCAACCGCCUCCUCCGCGCUUUGCCCGAAGGCAUCUCCGCCUUGACUCGCCUCAAGGUGCUCUGGCUCAGCGGCACCGGCUUGGAAGCCCUCCCCGAAGGCCUCUGCCGCCUCGCCGCCCUGGAGAGCCUCAUGCUGGACGGGAACCGCUUAGCCGCCCUCCCGGCUGGCUUCGGCGGCCUCCAACGACUCAAGAUGCUCAACCUCUCUUCCAAUGUGUUGUCCGACUUCCCCGCCGCCGUCCUGGCCCUUCCAGGUUUGGAGGAGCUCUACCUGAGCCGCAACCAGCUCUCCCUCCUGCCCAGUGGAGUCAGCCAGCUGCGGCAACUGCGCACCCUGUGGCUGGAUAACAACCGCCUCCGUUUCCUGCCAGACGCUGUAGUCCAGCUGCGGCAGCUGGAGGAGCUGGUGCUGCAGGGCAACCAGAUUGCCAUCCUGCCCGAGGGAUUUGGGCAACUAAGCCGGGUCAGCCUCUGGAAGAUCAAGGACAACCCCUUGAUCCAGCCACCCUAUGAGGUGUGCAUGAAGGGCAUCCCCUACAUUGCGGCCUACCAGAAGGAGCUGGCCCACUCUCGUCCGGCCCUGAAGCCCAGGCUCAAGCUAGUCCUCAUGGGCCUCAAGAACGCUGGGAAAACCCUGCUCCGGAAGUGCCUCAUGGAGGAAGAGGAGGGCGAGGAGCUGGGACAGCACAGGGCUUGUGCCCUCUCCGCAGCCGGGAGGGAUGCUUCCGGGAAAGGCAGGGGCUGCUUCAUGCCCUCCCUGAGAGACCCACCCCAGCCUCUGCCCCCCAAAGCACAGCUGAACCACCACCCCAUUGUGGAGCAGCCAGAGCCGUCACCUCUGCCCUCAUUGUCCCCUAAAUGUCUUCUCUCCGCUGAGCAGUGGGAUGUACUCUCUGGGCAGAGGCAGGGGGGUGGCACUGCUGCUGAGCAGCAGGAUGAUACCCCACGGUGCCCGUCCCCCAAAAUGAAUGGGGACAUGUGCUUAGGGCGCUACCCUCUGCCACAGCCCCUCACACCCCCAGUUCCGCAUGCAGCCGGGCUGCCAAAAGGCAGCAAGGGCAUCGAGGUGACGGAUUGGACAGCCGAUGCUAAGCGGGGCCUGACUUUCAUUGUGUACGAGCUGGCAGGAGACCCCAGCUACGACGUCAUCCAGCCCUUUUUCCUCUCCCCUGGAGCCCUUUAUGUCCUGGCUGUGAACCUGAGCACCUACAUGCCCCAAUGUUUUUAUCCUUCGGUGGGCCACUUCCUGCACUGGCUGGGGGCCAAGGUGCCCCAUGCGGUGGUGUGCAUGGUGGGCACCCACGCGGACCUAUGUGCUGAGCGGGAGGUGGAAGAAAAGUGCUUGGACAUCCACCGUCAGAUUGCCUGGCAGGAGAAGUGCGACUAUGAGGGCCUUCAGGCUUUGGCCCAGCAAGUGGACGAAGCCCUGGGGCAAGAUUUUGACUUUCGCUGCUCCAGCCCCCACGUUGCCUUCUAUGGGGUGUCGGACAAGAACCUCCGGCGCAAGAAAGCUCAGUUCCAGUACCUGCUCAACCACCGGCCUCAGAUCCUCUCCCCGGUGCUGCCUGUGAGCUGCUGGGAUUGCUGCCAGGUCCGCCGCUUGCGAGAGAAGCUCCUCUCGGUGGCCGAGCACCGGGAUAUCUUUCCCAACCUGCACCGGGUGCUGCCAAGGUCCUGGCAGGUGCUGGAGGAGCUGCACUUCCAGCCGCGGGCUCAGCAGCUGUGGCUGACCUGGUGGGACUCGGCUCGGCUGGGCCUGCAGGCGGGCCUGACGGAGGACCGUCUCCAGAGUGCCCUCUCCUAUUUGCACGAGAGUGGCAAGCUGUUGUACUUCGAGGAGCAUCUCACCCUGCGAGAGUACGUCUUCCACAACUUGCCCCGGCUCAUCGACAUCCUCAACGUCUUCUGCCAACGUGAUGCCACAGUCUUGCUCCAGAAGCUGCUCAGCAAUACACACGUAGAUGAACUGAAGGCCAACCAACUCCACCACUACGUGGAAGGAUUCUUGCUCCAUGGACUCCUCCCGGCCCACGUUAUCCGCUUGCUUCUCAAGCCCCACAUCCAGAGCAGAGAGGACCUGCAGCUCAUCCUUGAACUGUUGGAAAAGAUGGGACUUUGCUACUGUGUCAAUAAGCCCAAGUCCAAACCUUUGAAUGGAGCCACCGCGUGGUACAAGUUCCCCUGCUAUGUGAAGAAUGAGAUGCCCCAUGCCGAGGCCUGGAUUAAUGGGACCAACCUGGGUGGACAGUCCUUCGUGGCUGAGCAACUAGAGAUUGAGUACAGCUUUCCUUUCAUUUUCCCACCUGGGCUCUUUGCCCGCUACAGUGUCCAGAUUAACAGCCACGUGGUCCAGCGGUCGGAUGGGAAAUACCAGAUUUAUGCCUACCGGGGAAAGGUGCCUGUGGUGGUGAGUUACAGGCCAGCCAAAGGCACCCAGCAGCCAGAAACUCUGUCGAUUGGUAGUCAUGCAUCGCUACCAAAUAUAUGGACAGCUUGGCAAGCCAUAACCCCACUAGUGGAAGAACUGAAUGUACUGCUUCAAGAGUGGCCAGGCCUGUACUAUACUGUGCAUGUCCUCUGUUCCAAGUGCCUUAAAAGAGGGUCACCCCGCCCACACACCUUUCCGGGAGAGUUGCUGAGUCAGCCGAGGCCAGAAGGAGUGACGGAGAUCAUUUGCCCAAGGAAUGGGAACGAGCGAGUGAAUGUGGCUUUAGUUUACCCCCCUUCGCCAACAGUGAUCAGCCCUUGUUCCAAGUGACCUCUGGAGGACUCCUGCCUUCGCCCUUCCACAAGGACACACCAAACACCCCUUAAUCAAAUAAGCCCUUGCGCAGCGUUUUUGGAGAUGUGCAGCCCAGAGAUGGUUCUGAUGAUUUGUGGCACCGGGACAUCACAGCUUGGGAAAGAAAGAUUAAUGGAAGCAGAUGUGUCGAAAGCUGAGCACAAGUCUGCAGUCUGCCCAAAUUGAUCCUGACCACAGCUGGGACUGAGCAUUUGUUCCUCAGAACUCUCUGCAUUGGCUCGUUGAAGCAGGAAACACAGUAACCCCAUUUCGAUCUACUUUUGAACUUGGACACACUACGAUCUGAAAGCUCUGGAUGUUUUAAAGUGCUUCACAAGUACCCAAACAAGAGCGUUGCUGGUUCACAGCAGUGCACCGAGUCUUAGAACUCUCUGGACCUGUCUUGUGUACUUGUUUGGACCCUUUCAUGAAUGUAAGAUUUUUUUUCCACCACGGUUACCAUUCAGAUGUACCUGAAGAAAUAGCUGAUGGAAAGAAACUGUUAAUUCUGUGGGAAGUUCCCAUGCAGUUUCCUCAAGAAAUGGAAAAUUCUGUGGCUGUGAUGUGCUGUGGAAAAGGAAGCAGAAACAAAACUGGAAAAUACCUCUUCUGAAGGACACUUUCCCAGUGACUGAAAUAUAACUUAAACCCCAAACUGACCUGGUUUAAAAAGUAAUAUAUUAACUUGCGGAUGAAAGAGGGACUAAAGGAUUCAUUGCUUGACCCUUCAGCCUCAGGAUCAUUCUCUCGCAAAGAGCUGCUUGCCAACAGAAUGGGCUGAAAAGCUUCUCAGGGAUUAUGUUUAGUGUGCAGUUUCAAAGCCACAGCUGCAGUUCAACGACAGCAAUAUCGGGGGCAUUCCGUUUCCAAGUCUGUCAAAUGUGAAAAGAGAGAUCACUGCUGAAGUUCACUGCUGUUCAGUAAUUUGUGUUUUUUUAAAAAAAGAAAAAAAUGUUUAUAUUUAUUUUUGUAAGUUUUUAAUUAUCUAUGCAGUUUAGACUUAAGUUGACACUGGGUGCAAAGUUCUGCAUGGGUCCAGCUGGUUUGAUGGUUUUGUCAUCAAUAUAAUGCAUGUUUGUAUCCUCACUCGUAAAACGUUUGUCACAUGUACACACCAAAUAUAUACUUCAGUUUCACGGUGCAGUUCCAUAGUAUAAUAAACCCACCUAAAAUUCUAGCAUAGAUUCUUCUUGGAAUUCCUUUGCAGUGGAGGAAUAUUUUGGGGAUGAGAGAAGGUAGUUUCAAAUUUUAAAAAACGUGUUGGAUGGCAGAAAAGCAAACUAGGGAUUCUCUAUUCAUAAACAAUGGUAGGUCAGGAAAAAUGGCAGGGAACCAAUCAAGCAAGGAAGUGCACAAGGAAAGAUACAUAUCAAUACUUUGAAAGCAGCAGAGCUCAUUAUGGUAAAACCUUGGAGUCUAAGGCCCGUCUACACUGUCAUAUAAUCCAGUUUGUGAAUUCAGAUUAUCUGGGUUAUACGGCAAUGUAGACUCAUAUAAUUCAGUUCAAAACAGAUCAUCUGGAUUCAGAAACUGCAUUAUAUGUCAGUGUAGAUCCAGCCUAAGAGUGUGUUUCAACUGUUGGUGGAAACAUAUCACAGCAAUUGGCCUUUAUUGGUAGAGAAGUCUUGUUCCUUUCAUCUCUUUGGUCACUUUUAAUGCCAUGGCUGCAGCUGGUAAACUCCUGGGUUUUAUAGUCUGUUGAGGCACAACAUCCCUUGGACAUCAUUCUAGAUGUUCCUCCCUAAACGGAAGUUCCAGGAUUACAUAGGAAGGAAUCACUGCAGUAAAAGUGGGAUCAUAGUGCUAUAAUUGUGUGACGUAAAAGCAGCACUGGUUUACGUUCAGUGUGCUAACAUUAAAUGCUAAGAACAAUGCAAUCUUGCAAUGGAUUUUUUAACCUUCUCAGUUCCAUAUAGGCUUUUUCCUCCUGUAAUUAUUAACUUCUGAAUAAACCUCAAUCAAACUUGGGAAGAUGAUAGGUGCAAGCUUUGCAGUAUACUGCAGCUUGGAAAACAAAGGAAUAGAUUUAGUUGGAGCCCAGUUUAUUUUAACACAGGCAGCAUAAUUACUCCCAUUUAGUGGUUGCUGCUUUAUUACCCUGAUGUUAAUAAAUUCUGCUCAGCAGGUUAAAACAGAUCGUAUGCUGGAUUCAUACCACAACUGCCAGGCUGGGCAGGUGUAAUUAUGUGUCAUUCUUUGCAAUACAAUCUGCCCUAAACCGUACCAAUAGUAGCUCAAAACAGAUCAUAUGCUGGAUACAUACUACAACUGCCAGGCUGGGCAGGUGUAAAUUGCACGUCAUUCUUUGCAGUACUAUCUGCCCUAAACUGUAUCAAUAGUCCAAUAGUUUUGCUGGAAUACCUUGGGAAUAGUAACCGCUUGGAGGCAGCUAGUGUCCCUUGCUCAGAAAAAAAUCCCAUAGUUUUGGAGCUUCCACUAUUACGUUUAACAUCAUAUGCAAAAUUCUGCCUGAAUUCUAAAAUGUAAUUUUGAGAUGAUAUGAGGUUCAGAGGAAAACUUAAACAAUGAUUACGUUUUGUAUUUAUACAUCACGAAGAGUAUGGAAAGCGGGGAUAUGUGUCAGCCGGUGUUGUGUCUGGUGUCAUGCGUGAAUUUCUAAUGCCAGUGACUUCUGUAUGUGCAGGUGUGCAUGUUUAUUUUGAAGGCUAUGGUGUUUUCUCUAGAGUAGUCCAAUGGACAGCUCUCUGUACAAAACAUUUAGUUGGGGACAUUGCAGGAAUUCUCUGUAUGAUGGAUCUUGCUGGCACUCUCUGGUCUAGGGUUGAUUUAAUUGGAGUAAACCUAGUGCCGGAUUAACACUCCAGAUGGCUAAGAAAAGUUCACACGUCGAUUUUGACAUUACUUAAAAGUAAAAUAGAUUAACAUUCAGAACUGUAGUGUUUAAGUUUGCCUUAAACGGUUUCCGGUAAACAGGAUCAUACUGUGGUAAAGUGCCAAAACAGCAGUGCUAACAAGUGUGGUUACAGGAUUUGAAUACUGGCAGAUAGUGACUAAAGAUGAGAUGUCUAAUUGCAUCCCAUCUUUGAUGUAACUUUCCAUGGAGCAUUGGAUUUUGUAGAAAAUGCUUCUUUGGUUUGAGUUUCCCUUAUGAAAAGUUGGUGUAAUCAAUGGGAGUGGGAAAGUAAUUGGACAUUGAACCUUUCCUGCUAUUAGCCCACAAACAAAUGGGCUUUUGGGCUGCUGUGAGUUUUCUGGGCUGUAUGGCUAUGUUCCAGAAGCAUUCUCUCCUGACGUUUCACCUACAUCUAUGGCAAGCAUCCUCAGAGAUUGACUCUGGAGAUGACCACUUAAUUGCUAAGUUAUAUAAAUUCUUGUUAAAAUACGAAAUGGAGGAAUAACAGGAGAAAUAAGGACCUCGCAACCUCUGAGGAUGCCUACCAUAGAUGCAGGCAAAACAUCAGGAGAGAAUGCUUCUGGAACAUGGCCAUACAGCCCGGAAAACAAUGAUUCCAGCCGUGAAAGCCUUCGACAAUAGAUGGACUUCUGUUAUUGGGAAAGUAACUAAGAAUGCUCAGUAUCAUUGUAUGUACAGACUGAACACAAAUAAUUGUUUUAAUUGUGUUGUGAAUUUUAAGAGCAAGUACAUUUUUCCAAGAAAGUUCUCAUUUGCUAUGCAUCAGGUAGACAUGCAGAUUUGGGCUGGCAGUGCAUCUUGGCAGGACCCGGUUGUGAGAGAAUCAAUGAAGGAUUUCUAUCUGUUCUUCCAGGAAGAGAGGGUGAGAUUUUGCUGAGUGAAGCAUCAUUCCAGGCAUUCCUCUUAACUGCUGGAGACUUGCCCUUGGAAGCAGUCACAUUUCCUGUCCCUAGCUACUAUGACAGGAAAAGCUAUUUUCUAGAAUUGUAUCACAGUGCUGCCAAACUAAACAUGUGUCAUUAUCGGUUUUUAUUUCUCAAAAAGUUCCACUAUGACCCACCUUGGUGAUUCACUCCUGGGAGGACAGAAAAAUGGAGGAGGAUGUUGGUCAGCAGUGGGCAGCGGGGGCACUAUAUUUAACAGCGGUCUGUUACCGUAUUACAGCACAGGCAUUUUUUUUACAAAAAGAAAAAUGAUCAACCCAAACAAUACACUGAGAAUAAAAAAAUAUCUUAAAUCUGA